UCGUUGCUUUGGUGUAACUAUUUCGGAAAUUCGGGUUUAACUAAAGUUUGCUUCUCUCCCUGAGAAAUUAGCAGGAGGAUGAUACCCAGGAAUUUGUACACUUGAUAAGUUUCAGUAGAUAUUGAAUAAGGGAAAGGUGAAAGCAGUAGUGGAGGUGUACACAAUUUACCAGUGGCUUGGACCAAUGAGCAGUGACGUGUUGAAACAGCAUCUUCAGGUCCAUUUUCUGCAGAAUAUUGAAGCUCAGAGGUAGCAGGGCUUAGCAAAUCUCAGUUGUGCAGGUACAGUUAUCACAGAAUGUCCUGAGUUGAAAGGCACCCACAAGAAUCAUGCCAUUUAUCAGGAAAAGGAGUCACAAGGAAAAUACGGUGCUGCCACUGAGUGGAACAAGUGUGUCAGUGACAGCAGACACAGAUGAGGGUCAAACAGUUGAUGUCUUCCUUGCCACGGACUUGAUCUGUAAGGUCUCCAAGGCCUUUUGCCACAAGGCAGAGUUCAAGGAGAGAGGGAACUACAAGCUGUGGAAGAGGAUUGUAGCAGGAUUGCUUCCCUGAUAAGUCCAUGGGCCCAGGUGGACUGCAUUCAAGGGUGCCAACAGCUUACAGGGUCUUCACAAAGCUGCUUUCUGUCAUCUUUUAAAGGCCGUGAGAGCAGGGGAGAUCCCAAAGAUUGGAGAAAGGCAAUCUUCAAAAAGGGCAAGAAGGACAAGCAAGAGCUACAGACUGGUCAGCCUCAUUCCUUCCUUCUAUGGAAGUAUCAUGGAGGAAGCCAUUUGUAGCAUAAGAAGGAACAGAUGGAGACUGGGAAAAGCCAGGUCUACCAAGGAUAAAUCAUGCCUGAUCAAUUGGCUUGUCCUCUGUGACAAAAUAGCUAGAUCUGAAGAUGGAGUGUUGGAUACCAUCUGCAGUGGGCUUAGGGGGAUAUAAUGGAAUCUUUAAUUUACCUGAGGAUAUUAUUGGAAAGAUAGAGCCAGUCUUCAUACUCAGAUGCCCAGUGGGAGAAUGGAAGACACCACAAGCUAGAACCUCCAUUUCAAAGCAAGGAAAUGAGGACAGUGAGGCAUUGGGACAGGUUGCCCAGAAGGAUUUUUGCAUUCCUGUCUUUGGAGAUUUUCAGGAUCCAACUGGAAAAGUCCUGGGCAAGCUGGUCUGAAUUCACUGUUGACUUUGCAUUCAAUAGGAGGUUGCACAGGAUGGCUCUGUGGGGUCCCUUCCACAAGAAAUCAUUCUGUGACUCAAAUAAUUCACUGUUUCUGUGGAGAAAACAGCGAAUACAGGACAGUAGUGUAAUCUUAAAAUUUUUGGAUAAACUGAUUGCAGUGAUACUGAUUGGAAUACUAAUUUAAAAGUACAUUAUAAAAUAUGUUGUAGAAUAGAAUGUAAAAUUAAGGAUGCCAGUACUAGUAACUCCAUAGCAGGAGAUCUUACAUGUGUCUUAGAAGAUUCUUUGUAGAAGAUGGCAAAGAAAUUAGAACUGAUUGAUACAAUUGUUCUGAUUAAUACAGUUAUCCAGACUACUGAAGUAUGUGAGUUUUGAAAUGUCCCUUGUGGAAAGUAACAGAGAACUUAUGCUGUCAUAAAUCAAAUGCUGAUUAAGAUACUAAAGCAAAAACUGAAAAUUGAAGUUCAUUCUUUCCUGCUUUUUAAGAUUUUCCUUGAUCUACUUUUUUAAGACUUUCAUUAGAUCUGAAAGUGACCUGGAAGAGGCAUUAUUGGCAAAUAAGCAAAAUCUGCCACUGUCACUGUUAAUAGAUAUAGUCUGGAAGAGGGUAGAUUCUGAGGAACAGAAGGAUCCAAAGGGACAGGGGAAAAGUGAAUUGGUUUUAUGGUGGUAAGUGAAAAACAGUGCAGUGAGUGUGCUGGAAGGAAUUAUAAGCUAUUGGUUCAUGUGACUGGGUUUUAAGGCAACUGUUACAGAUCUUGAAGGUAGCUGAAAAGGAAAUGUCAGUGAAAGGCCUUUUAAUCAUUAGUGGCAGUAAAAAGUAAAAAUAUUAAUGAGUCUAUAAAAGAAUGGGUUUGAUAAUAGUAUUGCAGUGUAAAUAUAGCUAUAUUUCCUUUGAAAAAUAUCUUUAGUAGUACACAUGCCUCAGAAAAUAAUAGGAAUAGGAGUUCAGAAGCAGGUGGAUGAAAAUAUGACGAUAUAUGGAAAUGUAAUGGAAGUAGAUCCACUUAGCUGCAAGUUAUGAUGAAUAAGAUAAUACAUGGGCAGGCAUGUGAAAUAGUAGAUGGCAAAUGAAUGAAAAAAAGAAGAGGGCUCCUACACCCUAUAAAUCUGAUAAGUCUUAAAUUGGAAGACCACGUAUUCUGUAGAGAGCACAGUUAAGGUUGAUUGUAUUUGGCAGAAGACAAUAGUAUACUCAAGAAGUGAAAGAAUCCAAGACUUCUAGGAUGUUUUAAGAAUAACAACCCCCUGAUUAACAUCCAUGUUUCCCCAGGGAUUUAAACCACUUAGGAUAGUCCACCUUGGGAGGUAACAGAGAACUAAAUUGAGGAAGGUGCUUUUGGGUUUAGGCUGAUGGGUGAAUGCUGGGUUGCAAGAGGGUGUGCUUGCUUUGUGCAAAACCAGUUCUGCUCAGGGUUCAAGGGUUUUAACACAGCCCUCUGAUCUCACAGCUGCAUUAUCAAACUGCUACAGAAAGGAGAGUGUCAUGCUCACUCUUUUCCUAAACAGCAUUUAAAUUAUUUCCUGUACAAAGAUUCCACUUCAAGAAGAAAGUCAAGACUCAACUAUGGCUGCUACAGUGAACUUGGAGCUGGAUCCCAUUUUUCUGAAAGCCCUGGGUUUUUUGCACUCAAAGAGUAAGGAUUCUGCUGAAAAGCUGAAAGCACUUCUUGAUGAGUCGUUGGCCAGAGGAACUGACUCAAGCUAUCGUCCCUCUCAGAAGGAGGAUCUGUCUUUGGAAAAGGAGCACCUUUUCCUUAGAAAGGAAGUAGAGCAACCAAAAGUAUCUGUUACCAAACCUAUUAAGCAAGAGCCUAAAGCUUCAUCCAGUUUGCCUUCUGGCAACAACAAUGGCAAGCCCACUACAUCAGAAAAGGUGAAAAAAGAAACAGAAAAGAGAUCUGCAGAUAAAACAAAAGGGGAUCCUGCUGAAGGAGCUGAUGCACCAAAGAAGCCCAGGGUAGAGAAGCAAGAAGCUCGUUCCUCUCCUAUUACAGUUCAGACGAGCAAGGAUUUAUCCAUGCCUGAUUUAUCUAGCUUUGAGGAAACCAGUGCUGAUGACUUUGCUAUGGAGAUGGGAUUAGCCUGUGUUGUUUGCAGGCAAAUGACAGUUACUUUUGUGAAUCAGCUAGUGGAGUGUCAGGAGUGCCAUAAUCUCUACCACCAGGAUUGCCAUAAACCUCAGGUGACAGACAAGGAAGUGAAUGAUCCUCGACUUGUCUGGUAUUGUGCCCGCUGUACCAGGCAGAUGAAGAGAAUGGCUCAGAAGACACAAAAACCACCUCAGAAACCAGCUCCUGCAGUGGUUUCAGUUGCACCAGCUUUGAAGGACCCGUUGGUCAAGAAACCAGAAAUCAAGUUAAAACCUGAGACUCCACCAGCUUUUCUGGCAUUCAAGAGAACAGAAGUCAAGACCUCAGCAGCAGUUUCGGGGAACUCUGCCAGUACAAGCGUUUCCUCUUCAGCGACGAGUGGCCUUACAGGAUGGGCUGCUUUUGCAGCCAAAACCUCCUCUGCCAACCCAUCAACUGCCAAACUGGGAUCGACAGCACAGAGUGCCAGCGGGAAACCUGCAGCUUCUUCAAAUAACCAGAAACCCGUGGGUUUGUCAGGGCUGGCGACUUCAAAAACAGGACUGGGGUCCAAAAUAGCUUCCGCCAACAACAGCGCGAACCCCGUGCAGCUGAAGCCUCCCCCGCCGCUGACCCUGGGCAAGACGACGCUGAGCCGCUCGGUGAGCAGCGACAACGUGAGCAAGGCGGGGCUCCCCAGCCCCAGCAGCGCCGCCCCCAGCCCCAGCAGCCAGGGCGGCGGCAACGGCGGCAGCGGCACCGCGGGCACCAGCGCGGGCAGCGCCGGCAAAGCCGCGGCCGACAGCGGCAACCAGUCAGCGUCCCUGAAGGGCCCCACCUCGCAGGAGUCCCAGCUCAACGCCAUGAAAAGGCUGCAAAUGGUCAAGAAGAAGGCUGCUCAAAAGAAACUCAAGAAGUAGGCUGGCUGCUUGCGGUUUUUGUUGGUUGUGUUCCGUGAGACAGUGGCGUUGGUGUUUUUCUUAAAGAAAAUCUGCCAGGUACUGGACUGAAACAGGUUAAAUCAGGGAAGCCCAAACCCUAUGCUAUGCAGGAGGUCAAAUUUUAAUAAUUCUGGUAUUCCUUCUGCCUUUGCAAAUCUGUGAAUUGAAUAUGUUAGAGGAAUUCAUUAUUACGUGCUCCUGGUUUUGUAGCUCAAAGCACUGAAACUUGAAAUCGUAAAAGCUGCGUAUUUUUUAAUAUUAAAACCCAUACAUUUGUGUGGAUACUUAAUAAAUUGAAUUUGCUGAAACUGUCAUUCUUAAAUGUUAAUAAUAAAAGGAUUAUUAACCUGGGAA